AUGCCUCUCCUGAACAGCCUCGAUGCAAGCAGCGCAGGCCUUUCAGCGCUUGGCGUCGCUGACCUGGCUGGACUCACCCAGCUUGCCCAUCUCAACCUCAGCUACAACACGCUCACCCAGCUCGAAACUGGCACCUUUGACAGAAUGACCGGCCUCACCACCCUCGACCUCGCCGCCAACGCCAUCAUCACCCUGCCUAGCAACGUCUUUGCCGCGCUCACCAACCUUGUCACGCUCAACCUGGCCGACAAUUAUGUCACGGAACUUCAGGCAGGCCUCUUUGUCAACACCAUCAACCUUACCUCGUUGGAUCUGACCAACAAUCAUCUCGGAACCAUGAGCGCCGACGCCUUGGGGCCGCUGACCUCCCUUGUCGAGCUUGUCUUGGAUCAGAACAACCUCGGUCAUCUCGAGCGCGACGUCUUCGAGGGGCUCGUCAAUCUCGAAGUCUUGAUUCUCGAUGACAACGACCUCACUGGCAUCAAUGCCACCAAUUUUAUCAACCUCACCAGCCUUAUGGUGCUCAGCUUCUCAGUCAACGACAUUGCUUACGUCGAGGCGGGUGCCUUUGACACUCUGCCCAACCUAGAGCAACUGGCCAUGGAGGACAACCUCCUGACCGUUUUGCCCAAGGAUCUCUUCCACUACAACCCGCAACUGCAGUAUCUAUCCUUGUUUGACAGCUACAUUGCCGAGUUGGACGAAGGCAUCUUCCACGGCCUCACGCUGCUCAACACAAUCAUCUUGGCUGGCAACAAUCUCGAUGGUCUUCCAGAAGACAUUUUUCAACCGUGCACCAUGCUCGAAGUGGCUGCUCUCUCCUACAACAGCAUCGACGAGCUCGAGCCGGGCCUUUUCUCAGGCCUUUCCUCCAUCCUGUACGUGGAUGUUGAGUCGAAUGAUAUUGCCACCAUCGAUGCAGGGUUGCUGUCUGAUCUUAGCUACCUCGUCACCUUGCGCUUGGGUGAGAUGCAACUCGCCUCCUUACCCAACGACGUUUUCGCCCAUCUCUCGGCGUUACAAUCCCUCGAUCUUGGCAACAACCGACUUCAUUCGGUAGGUCUGCGCAUGUCAAUGGCAAAGUAG